AUGAAGUUCACUGUAUUUGCUGCCUUUCUUUUCUCUAUAGGAUGGAUAAGUGUUGAGGAUGCAGAAUAUGAUGGACCUCCACCAGACUGCUGUCUUACUGCAAACACCCAAAUACCAUUUGAAAACAUAGUGAAUUAUACUACACAAGAUUCAAGAUGUCUUAUCAGGGCUGUAAGGUUCCUCACCAAGAAAAACAAAACUAUUUGUUCAGAUCCUGAUAGCAAGUGGACUAAGAAAGCAAUCAGUAUAGUGGAAGGGAGAAGGACAACAAAACCUUACCCAAAACCUGCUACAUGCUAUACAAGUACAACAAACAUGAUCCCAACUACAGCUACAACAGACAAAACAUCAGGAACAGAGACUGAGACUAGCACAAGUACAACUGUAACACCAGCAGUGACGACAAUUACAACAUCUGAAACAGAGACCAGCACAAGUACAACUGUAACACCAACAGUGACGACAAUCAAAACAUCUACACUGGAGACAAAGAUCAGCAAAACCACCCUACAACCUUCAGUGUCCAAAGAAAAGCCAGAAUCUACUGCAACAACAUGUGGGACAAGUGAAACAACUGCACCACCAACAGAAACACCUCUGAUCACAUCUGCAGCAACUAUCACCACUAUACCACCGCUUUAUCACAGGAAAAAAACACCAAAGCCGCUAAUCAAAAAACUUGGGAAAAACAAGAAAGGACUUAGAAAAGGCGAUAUACGUCCAGUACACUGCUGUCUUACUGUGUCAAACACCAGAAUUCAACAUGAAGACAUUCUGUAUUAUGACAUGCAAGAAAAAAAUCUAUGUCCUGUCCGAGCUGUAAGGUUCCUCACCAAGAAAAACAAAACUAUUUGUUCAGAUCCUGAUAGCAAGUGGACUAAGAAAGCAAUCAGUAUAGUGGAAGGGAGAAGGACAACAAAACCUUUCCCAAAACCUACUACAUGCUAUACAAGUACAACAAACAUGAUCCCAACUACAGCUACAACAGACAAAACAUCAGGAACAGAGACUGAGACUAGCACAAGUACAACUGUAACACCAGCAGUGACGACAAUUACAACAUCUGAAACAGAGACCAGCACAAGUACAACUGUAACACCAGCAGUGACGACAAUUACAACAUCUGAAACAGAGACCAGCACAAGUACAACUGUAACACCAGCAGUGACGACAAUUACAACAUCUGAAACAGAGACCAGCACAAGUACAACUGUAACACCAGCAGUGACGACAAUUACAACAUCUGAAACAGAGACCAGCACAAGUACAACUGCAAUGCCAGCAGUGACGACAAUCAAAACAUCUACACUGGAGACAAAGAUCAGCAAAACAGCCAUCCUACCAACUUCAGUGUCCAAAGAAAAGACAGAAUCUACUGCAACAACAUGUGGGACAGGUGAAACAGAAACAAAACCCAAAACGCCUGGAGUAGGGACACAUUUGACCACAUUUGCAUCAAGGGACAAUACAGUGAUCAACACAACACAUAAUAACACACCUAAGAGGACAAAACCAUCAAAGUUACAAAUGAAAAUACUUAGGAAGAGCAAGAAAGGACUUAGAAAAUAUCAGAUGAGAGUUAACCAUCUAAAAAAUAAAUCCAAAUAAAACUGGACAAUUUGUAUAAAUAUACACACACAUUACAGUAAGUUUGAAUGUACUCAUGAUGGGAUGUGAGUUGAAGCACUACAGAUAUUAUUUAGUCCUAGUCUAGGACUGAA